AUGGCUGUACUGCUACCAAUUAUACCAUGUGUCUGUAUAUUUCUGCUGUGUGCUUUGGUUGGUUUCAUUGGAAAUAGUUCAUUGAUUAUUGCAACCAUCAGAAGCAGGAACCUUCAUAACGCAUGCAAUAUUCUGAUAGCACUGAAUGCUUUCGGUGAAAUCAUUCAUCAGCUAAGUCAUAUCCCCUUCGCGUAUCUGAUGUUUUCCGGGUCCCCGGGCAUCCCGCUGAGAACUUGCCUACGAAUUCAAUUCGUGUCCAACUUCUGCAUGAAUUUUGCCAUGGCAAUCUUACUCGCAAUUGGUGUGGAUCGCGCUAUCGCAAUCACAAAGCCAGCAAAGUAUAAACUAUUAUUAUUUCAAAAAGAAUCUGUAUUAUUUAGCACUUGGGGGGCUGGAUUGAUUCCGCCGGCGGACAACCAAUCUCUUUAUGAUUCGUUCAUUCGUUUCGAUGGCAGAUUGGUACUGAUGCAUACCACGGAUGUGAAUUCACCAUCAGCUUGCUAGGC